GUACUACUGCCCAGGAGACUGCAGAUAUUGCCUUCCUGCUGGAUGGAUCUGGGAGUGUUGGUGCAACUCGGUUCAACACCAUGAAAACAUUUGUGAAGAAUGUGACCAGAGCUCUUCUUCAGUUUGACACCUUAUUUGCGUUUGCAAAGUACUCCUCCACUCCAACCAUCCAUGUGACCUUCUCUCAGUUCAAUAGAACAGGAUUUGAAAAUCAGGUGGACAGUAUCAACUACAUAUCAGGAUCAACCAACACUCCAAAGGGGAUCAAAAAAGUUGUGGAAGAUGUGUUUAUUCCUUCUGCUGGAGCGAGACCUGAGGCCAACAGGAUCCUGAUUGUCAUCACAGAUGGGUUGUCCCAAGAUGCUACAGACUUUCCCAACGUCACAGCGCUGGCUGAUGAAAAAAAUAUUACUAGAUACGCCAUUGGGGUUGGAAAUGCCUUUACCUCUGACACAGCACUAGGACAGCUCAACAGCAUCGCAUCCUCUCCAGCAUCAGACCAUGUGUUUAGAGUGGACAGCUUUGAGGUGCUGGAACAAAUUGCCAGCACACUGGAGAAGAGCAUCAUUCCCACAUCAGCAGAUGUUGUUGUUGGUAUGCGUCUGGACGUUUCCUCAACCAAAAGUCUAAAUGAAACUGAGAUUGAGGAGCAGAUUCUAAAGCCAUUUGAGGACCAACUCAGAGACAAAGGAAUAACUGUUGCUGGGAUCAAGUUAAGAAGGGUUUACCAGAUUAAACCCUGAGAGGAAUCAGGAAGAACAUGAAGAAGGACAACAGACACACUCUCACUGUGUGUUUCCUGUGUAUCUCUUUCGUAUCUCAUUAUUACCAUAAUAUAAUCCCAAGAGUUACAGCUGUGUUUGGGAGACUAAACACCUCGCUUGUUCUUAAAAUGUGUUCGUUUUUAACUACUUGCAUAUAUGCGCUAUA